AUGGCAGCAGACGAAGGAGACGCAGUGGUGGCCCAGCCACCCACAGAGCUGGGCAAAACGCUCCGAUGCUGCGUGCCUUGCCGCCUCGUCAAGACGUUCGAGCAGUUUUACGAGCAGGCAAGCCGCCGGCUGGGCUGCGAGAACUGCCCCUACCUGGACAUGGAGAACGACCGGGAGCGCGUCUAUGACUGCACCACCUCUGACUUCAAGGGCAUGGUGAGCGUGGUGGACCCCAAGACCAGCUGGUGCGCCAAGUGGCUACACCUGAGGAAGUUUGUGCCCGGCUGCUACGCGCUGAGCGUGCAAGCAGAGCUGCCGAACCACAUUGAGGACAUUUUGGAAAACCGCGGCAUCAAGUGGCGGCUACCAGACUAG